AAAACACACUAAGAACCUUGGGUCAAUAGCCUAGCAAGCUCCUCAUGCCAUUCGUUCCUUGCCAGAUCUUUCAGAAACAAUGCCUGCCAUCCUCCCUUGUUGACCCUUGCUGGCAUCAUUGCAUCAGGAAUGGAGCCAAGUCACCUGCCAGGCUGCACAUUUCAAGAAUCUGAAGUGGUCCACCCUAUGCCUUCAUUGAGGGGGAGGUGGGGCCCCAUAGCAGGAGCGGUCACGUAGAGAGUGGCUCACAAAUGCAAAUGAGGAAUCAGGCAGAGUAUAAAAGGCUCUGGAACCGAGUGUUCCUCACACAGCUCAGCUAGCUUCUCUUCUUGCUUAUCCCUCUUGGUGAUCCAGCUCUUCAUCCCCUGCUACUGAGAAGAUGUCUUACCAGAAGACCCAGCCCACACCCCAGCCCCCAGUAGGCUGUGUCAAGGUCUCCCGCGGCGGCGGCGGCGGCGGCGGCGGCGGCGGCAGCGGCUCAGGCGGCGGCGGAUCCGGCUGCGGCGGCGGUAGCAGCGGCGGUGGCGGCGGUGGCGGCGGCGGCUACUGCUACUCCAGCGGCGGCGGCUCAGGUGGCGGUGGCUCCGGCUGCGGCGGCGGUAGCGGCGGCGGUGGCAGCGGCGGCUACUGCUACACCAGCGGCGGUAGCUCAGGCGGCGGAGGAUCCAGCUGUGGGGGAGGUAGCAGCGGGGGCGGCAGCGGCGGCGGCAGCGGCGGCUACUGCUAUACCAGCGGCGGCGGCGGCUCCGGCAGUGGCGGUGGCUCCUCCUACUAUCCCAGCCAACAGAAGUACUCGGGCAGCAGCGGCGGCGGCGGCGGCGGCGGCGGCGGCUCCGGGGGCAGCGGGGGCGGCUACAGCUGCGGAGGCGGUUCCGGGGGCGGCUCUAGCGGCGGCUCCAGCUGCGGUGGCGGCGGCGGCGCCGGCUGCGGAGGCGGCUCCGGGGGCGGCUCUAGCGGCGGCUACUACUCCGGCGGCGGCGGCGGCUCCAGCGGCGGCGGCUACUCUUCUCAGCAGUGCGUCCAAGCUCCAUCACAGCAGAGCAGCGGAGGGGGAUCAUACGGAGGCGGCUCCAGCGGCGGCGGCUCCGGAGGCGGCUCCGGCGGUGGCAGUUGCUACCCCACCGGCGGGGGCGGCUCCAGCGGCGUCGGCUGCUUCCCCAGCGGCGGCGGCUCCAGCGGCGUCGUCUGUUUCCCCAGCGGCGGCGGCUCCGGCGGCGGCGGCUCCUCCGGCUGCGGCGGCGGCUCCAGCGGCGGGGGUGGCUCCGGGGGGAGUGGCGGAGGCUCCUCCGGGGGUGGCAAGGGAGUGCCCGUGGCCCACCAGACCCAGCAGAAGCAGGCACCUUGCUGGCCAACCAAGUAAACCAUCCUGCCCGGCACCCAGAGGAAUGAGCAAAAAGUUUGUUCUGGCUGCGGCCUAUAGGUUUACAAUUCUCAUGAUAUUGCCUUAA